AUGGGACGGAACAAUGAAGAUGAGUACGUCACGUACACGAUCGUGACGUGCCAAGAAAGCACGACCGCACCAGCUGACUUUGCCAAGCUGAAGAUUAAGCGCUUUCGCGGAGGGUCCGCGAAGGACUGGCUCAAAUGGAGCAUGAAGUUCAAGAGCCUCGCAAAAAGAAAAGGCUGGGGUGCUGACCAACUGACCGUUCAACUGCUCACGCUGAUCGACGGAGAUCUAUCGCGCGAGGUCAAGCGCAUUGCCAGCGAAUCUUCCGAGAAAGGACAUACGUUCGAAGACUUCUACCGUGAGGUCGGCUUACUCCUGGUUCCUGCGGAUUACAGUGAAGACCUAGAUGAGGAGCUGUGGACCCUGACCAAGCGCCGCGACGAAACAGUUCAACGCUGCUCGGCACGUCUGCGAGAGCUUGCUCAAAUGUACGCCUAG